AUGGUCAUGGGUCCUGAAAGAAGAUCCUAUCUGCAGACUCAUCAAGAAUGCCCCAAAAAUGUCAAAGGUGUCCCUAAAGAUUGCUCGGUAAAGCCCAGACGGAAAAGACCUACCGCAGCAGAAGUCCUCGACACUUACUACGUUCCAGAAAAACCCUUUAAGAAUUCUGAUCUUGAUUCGGAAGAAGAAAAAAAUGAUGAGACGAGUGGCAAAUUUGACCCCGGUGGAUUGUAUGAUCGGAGUGAAAGAAGUCUUGGGAAAAUCUGUGAAAAUUGGAAAAAGAAGGUUAUUGAAUUUUUAAAGCAAAUUGAGGUCAUACAAGAGUUUGUGAAAUUAUACGUGGGACAAAAAAGAGAAUUCCCAAACGU